AUGUGUGGCAUUUGUUUUUGUCUUCAUACACAGUCAACACCUAUUUCCAUUGAUUAUACACCAUUAAAUGCACGUGGUCCUGAUUUUCAAAAUCAACAUGGACCAAUAUCACUUACAUCUGAUUUCUAUGUUACAUUUGUUGUUAGUGUACUUGCUCUUCGAGGUUAUAAACAACAACCACAACCAUUUAUUGAUGAAGAUGGAAAUAUACUUUUAUAUAAUGGUGAAAUAUAUGAAGGAUCUUUACAAAUAAAACCAGAUGAUAAUGAUGGUAUACUUUUAUCUCAACAUUUAAAACAAUGUUCAAAUGAUAUAGAUAUUUGUAAUUUAAUAUCAACAUUAGAAGGAUGUUUUGCUUUUAUCUAUUUUCACAAAAAAACCAAUAGUUUAUAUUAUGGACGUGAUCGAUUAGGACGUCGAAGUUUAAUGUAUUCAAUUGAAAAUAAUUCUCAAUCAAAUAUUAAAAUGAUUAUUAGUUCUGUUCGACUUAAUAAUCUAUCAUAUAUAGAACUUGAUUCAAAUAUUCUUUAUAAAUUAACAGUAAUACAAACUGAUAAUACAUUUAAAAUUGAUUCUAUACCAUAUAUAAAACAUUCAAUUGAUAUUAUUCCUUUUGAACCAUCAGAUAUUUUAUUAAGUGAAUUGGAAUCUGAUUCUAUAUUUCAAAAUAUAUCAAAAACAUUUCUCAAUCAAUUACAAUUAGCUAUUCAACGACGUAUUUUAAAUUUACCAUCACUUUGUCGUCAAUGUAAACAAUUAACUAAUAAUAUUCUUCGUCCAAUAAAUGGAUGUCAACAUGCUAAAUUAGCAAUACUUUUUUCCGGUGGUAUCGAUUCAAGUGUACUUGCAGUAUUAGCUGAUCGAAUUUUACCAAUCAAUGAACCUAUUGAUCUACUUAAUGUUGCUUUUUUCUCAGAUAUAUUAACACCACCAGCAGAUCGACAAACAGGUUUACAAGCUUUAUUAGAACUCAAUCCAAUACGACAAUGGAAUUUUGUUAAAAUUGAUGUUGAUUUAAAUGAAUUACGAUAUUAUCGUGAAAAUAUUAUUAAAACUGUUAUAUAUCCAUGUUCAACAGUAUUAGAUGAUAGUAUCGGUAGUGCUCUUUGGUUUGCUGCUCGUGGUAAUGGAAUACUUCAUCAUAAUAAUAUACCAUAUGAAAGUUUAGCAGAAGUAUUAUUAUCCGGUUUGGGUGCAGAUGAACAAUUAGCUGGUUAUUCUAGACAUCGAACAACAUUUCGUACAGGUGGAUGGAAAGCAUUGGAAAAUGAACUUGAUAUGGAAAUGAAUCGAAUUUCCAAACGAAAUUUAGGACGUGAUGAUCGUGUAAUUAGUAGUUUAGGUAAAGAAGUUCGUUUUCCAUAUCUUGAUGAACAAUUAGUUAAUUAUCUUCGUUCAAUACCUAUUUGCUUAAAAGCUGAUUUACGUUUACCACGUGGUAUUGGUGAAAAAUAUUUACUUCGUUAUAUAGCUCGUCAUUAUUUAUCUCUUGAACAAUCAUCAAAAUAUCCAAAACGUGCUAUACAAUUUGGUUCACGAAUCGCAAAACUUGAAAGUAAAAAAGAAAAAGCAUCUGAUCAAUGUUCAAGAUUAACAACAACAACAACAAAUAAUAAUAUUAUUGAUGACGAAGAAUAA